UAUAAAAAUGAAUCGCAAAAUUUGGUAAGCGCAUAACUCAACAACGCCUGGACCGAUUUCGCUCAUUCUUUUUUUGUUUGGGUCGUAAUUGUCAGGAGAAGGUUCUUACGGACGAAAAAUUUGAGAAAGUUAUCGGAUUAGAGAAAUAUGACGAGGUGGUGAUGAAAUUACAGAGGCGCCAUCUAUCCAGCAAAUAGUCAACUAAAUUAUUUUUGGUAGUCAAUGGCAACCAUUUAAAUAAAAUAAAUCAUUUAUUUAAAAUGUUUUUAAAAAUGCAUGCAAAUAGACAUACAAACCACGCAAAUGUUCGCAAAUGUUCGUUGAAGUCCAAGGAUGGUUUUUACGGCUAGAAAAAUUAGAAUUAUUGCUGGAAAAACCCUAAAAAUAGCCCUUUUCUUUUUAAAAUAGCCCUUCCUAUAAUAUUUAUAAUAUAAUACUGAUCGUAUCCAUGGCAACCAACAAUCGUGUUUUGUGCAGAGUGUUUAGUUAGUUAGUGUUUGUUUAGUUCGUGAUUAGUGAAAAAAUAAUUUAUAUUUGAUAUGCCUCCUAUAAGACGAAGCAAUUUAGGUAGAAGAACCAGAAAUGCUACAAACCAAGCUAAUUACCGAUCUAAUUCACAAACGCGUGAAGCGCGAGCAAGUUUGAAUCGAGCUGCUUUUAGUUACGAUGUGUCAAUUGACUACAGUAACUACCAAUGUGUUGUUAUUGGUUCUAUGAACUCGGUUUGCUCACACUGUAAGGCAUUAAAAUACAAAAACGAAGCCAAUGGAUUGUGUUGCGCAAAUGGUAAAGUGAAAUUGAUACCAUUGGAUCCACCACCAGAACCAUUGUACUCAUUGGUUUCAGGAAUAGGAACAGAUUCUAUACACUUUUUGACAAAUAUCCAACAAUAUAACAAUUGCUUUCAAAUGACUUCAUUUGGGGCAACAAAUGUAGUUCGGGAAAAUUUUAUGCCAACUUUCAAGAUACAAGGGCAAAUAUAUCACAGAGCAGGUUCACUGUUACCAGUGUCAGAUAGCGACAACAAAUUCCUGCAAAUUUAUUUUAUGGGCAAUUCACCACAAGAAAUUGAUCUGCGUUGUGCACAUAACAAUUUAGUAAAGAGGUCUAUUGUAGAACAAUUACAAACUUUAUUUCAUCAGCACAAUCAAUUGAUUAUAUUGUUUAAAACUGCCCUGGAUCUGAUGCCAUCCGAUAAUCACAAAAUUGUAAUCAGAGCUGAUAAAACACCUGCAGGUCAACAUACAAGACGUUUUAAUGCACCAACUAUUGAUGAAGUUGCUAUCGUUGUAGUUGGAGAAAACUUGGAAUCCCGUGAUAUUGUUUUACGUCGUCGGAAUGAUCAAUUACAACGUAUAAAGGAAACACACCGCUCAUAUGAUGCACUGCAAUAUCCCAUUAUAUUUUGGCAAGGUGAAGAUGGCUACGAUUUCUCAAUAAAAAUGAUAAAUCCCAUUGCAGGUUCUGAAACCAACAAAAAAGUCAGUUCAAUGAACUAUUAUUCAUACCGCCUAAUGAUUCGGGAAAAUGAAGAUAAUCACAUAUUGAAAUGUCGGCGAUUAUAUCACAAAUAUGUUGUUGACAUGUAUGUUAAAAUUGAAACGGAAAGAUUAACAUUCAUCAGGUUGAAUCAAACCAAACUCCGAUCUGAAGAGUAUAUUCACCUUCGAGAUGCGAUUAAUACUGAUGGAAAUGCACAGAAUGUCGGUCGGAUGACUCGACAUAGAUAAACAAAUCUGAUGGUU